GGAGCGUGUCUCUCCCAUUGCUAAAGUCAUGCUGAAUUGUCCCUUGUUGCUUUCCGUCCGCGUUGUACGAACUGGUCUCCUGCUUAGAAAUGGCUGAAGCUCCCCCGCGGCCCUGCCGGUUUUUCUGUCACCGGUGUUCAGCAGAGAUUAGUCCGCUUUUACCGGACUACACCUGUCCGCGCUGUGAUUCCGGUUUUAUUGAGGAACUGGCUGAGGAACGAAGUACUGAAAAUGGUUCUUUAUCCACGUCCUCCACCAGUGAUCAUAAUCGCCCAGCCUUUGAGAACAUGGAUCACCAACACUUGUUCACAUUUCCCUCUGGGUAUGGUCCGUUUGCCCUUGGGAUUUUUGAUGAAAACUUUGACCUUCGAACGCGGCUACCCACAGAAGACAACCGCGAGACAGAAAACAGAAGAGAAAGGGAAAUGGCUUCACGUCAACGAUAUAGUGCGCGGCAACCCCGGGGUCGACAUGUUCCUCGACGACAGGGUACGCGCCAUGAAGGAGUGCCCACAUUAGAAGGAAUUAUCCAGCAGUUAGUAAAUGGAAUUAUAGCACCUACAGCCAUGCCAAAUAUCGGGAUGGGACCAUGGGGUAUGCUACAUUCCAAUCCAAUGGACUACGCUUGGGGUGCCAAUGGUCUUGAUGCUAUCAUUACACAGUUAUUGAACCAGUUUGAAAACACGGGUCCACCUCCUGCAGAAAGAGAAAGGAUUAAGAGUUUACCCACCGUUACCAUUACAGAAGAACAUGUGGGUGCUGGUUUAGAGUGUCCUGUGUGCAAAGAAGACUACAGCGUUGAGGAGAAUGUUAGACAACUGCCAUGCAAUCACUUGUUUCACAAUGACUGUAUAGUACCGUGGCUGGAACAGCACGAUACAUGUCCUGUGUGCAGGAAGAGUCUAAGUGGACAGAACACAGCCACAGACCCACCAGGGUUAUCAGGAAUGCACUUCUCUCCCUCGUCCUCAUCCUCUUCCUCCCCCAGCUCACCUAGCAAUGAGAAUGCUGCCAGAAACUCAUAGAUCACCGUCACCUCACAUCUAAGAACCUCACAACAUACGACAAACGAGAACCAACGCCUCCUAGCUGAGACCAGGGCCGUAGUCCGUCUCAAUUCUGGGGGACGAUAUGAGUCGAGUUGAACUCUGAAUCUGUUGCAGGUUUUAAGUCGUCAUUUCUCCCUCUGGGCUGAACGGACACCGGAUCCAGCUCCUGCUGCUAUUGUUGCAGAGUGUUUGAGGAGGUGGGACUGGGCAGUAUUUAAAGAGGAUCCCGAAAGGCUGCAAAGAAUAACAAUAGAAGAGGGAUUGUGACCAGAAGUGACUGGAACAGAGUGGACUGCUUUUUGAUGGAGACGUGUUUGCCACAAGGCUGGGGCCCAUUUUAUAUUUAAAUAACAGAAUGCUCUUUUUUUUCUUUUUUUAAAACAUAGCCUGUGGUGGUGCAGAGUCCAUAGACGUGUAGAUAGAUAAUUCAUUUUGAAUGAUCAGCCACACCACAGCUGGUGGAUCAAACUAAAACCUUGUGGAAAGGAAACUUGAGUGUAUUCAUUUGAUUCGUAUUUAUUUGCACCUUUUUUUUUUUUUCUUUGCACAAAACUGUCUGAUGUUGAGUGUGUGAAUUUGGGUAAACUA